AUGGCUUCCACAGGAAAACGAUGGCCCUCCCGCGAAGGACUCACUGUGGAUGUACUUUCCGCCGCGCUUCACCGGACCGUACUCAGUCCAUGGAAGGUGCUACCAAUUCUUGCACUGGCCCAGUAUACAGCCAAAGGACGUGAAUUACUCGAAUCACGACCACAGCUGCUCCGAGUGCUUCAUGCCCUGGCCAUAACCGCCGUGAUCAGCCGUCUCUCCUCCUGGUUUGACCGGCGCACUCUCAACAAUGGAGUCUCAGACCAUUACGACUGGAACCGCGAGGUUGUUGUCCUCACCGGUGGUAGCGGUGGUAUUGGCCAGAGAAUUGCGCAGCUGCUCGGCUCCCGAGGCAUCAAGGUCGCAAUACUGGAUGUCAAUGCGCCGACAACCCAGCUGCCCAACAGUGUCCGCUUCUACGAGUGUAAUAUCACCUCACCCGCUGCCAUUGCGGAUGUUGCUACCAAGAUCCGUGCCUCCUUCGGCCGUCCCACUAUCUUGAUUAACAAUGCCGGAAUUUUGACCGGGAAGACGAUCCUCGGUACCACCGAGGCAACAACUCGUCGGAUGUUCGACGUAAACACCCUCUCCCACUACUGGCUGGCCCAGGAGUUUUUGCCGGACAUGAUCUCCUCAAACCACGGAAUGGUGGUCACCGUUGCUUCGCAGGCUGGGUAUACCGUCACCGCCAACAUGGUGGAUUAUUCUGCAUCCAAGGCGGCGGCGAUUGCCUUCCAUGAGGGUCUAGGCGUGGAGUUGAAGACGAGAUACCAGGCACCUCGGGUGCGAACGGUGUUGGUCACGCAAGGAUUCACGCGGACGGCGCUGAUCGAUAAUCUCACUCCCGAGGAUACAUUCUUGAAUCCGCUUUUGUAUCCGGAAACUGUGGCGGAAAAGGUGGUGGAGCAGGUCUUAUCGGGACGGAGUGGUCACGUCGUCGUUCCUGGGGUAGCGGGUGCCAUUGCACAGAGAUUGAGAGGGUAUCCGCUUUGGUUCCAGCACUCGUUGAGAUGUAGUUUGGAGAAAUUUAUGCGGGCGGAAUGA